AUGUUCUCUGGACGGUUUGGAGUGCUUUUGACGGCGCUCGCUGCGCUGAGUGCUGCGGCACCGACACCACUUGAUGUGCGGAGUGUCUCGACUUCCACGUUGGAUGAGCUGCAAUUGUUCUCGCAAUGGUCUGCCGCAGCUUAUUGCUCGAACAAUAUCGACUCGGACGACUCUAACGUGACAUGCACGGCCGACGCCUGUCCAUCAGUCGAGGAGGCGAGCACCAAGAUGCUGCUGGAGUUUGACCUGACAAAUAACUUUGGAGGCACAGCCGGUUUCCUGGCCGCGGACAACACCAACAAGCGGCUCGUGGUCGCCUUCCGAGGCAGUAGCACCAUCAAGAACUGGAUUGCUGAUCUCGACUUCAUCCUGCAAGAUAACGAUGACCUCUGUACUGGCUGCAAGGUUCACACUGGAUUCUGGAAGGCAUGGGAAGCCGCUGCAGACAAUCUGACGAGCAAGAUCAAGUCCGCGAUGAGCACGUAUUCGGGCUAUACCCUCUACUUCACCGGGCACAGCUUGGGCGGCGCAUUGGCUACACUGGGAGCAACGGUCUUGCGAAAUGACGGUUAUAGCGUUGAACUGUACACCUAUGGAUGUCCUCGAGUCGGAAACUAUGCGCUGGCCGAGCACAUCACCAGCCAGGGAUCUGGAGCGAACUUCCGCGUUACACACUUGAACGACAUCGUCCCCCGGUUGCCACCCAUGGACUUUGGAUUCAGCCAGCCAAGUCCAGAAUACUGGAUCACCAGUGGCACCGGAGCCAGUGUCACGGCGUCGGAUAUUGAACUCAUCGAGGGAAUCAAUUCGACGGCGGGGAAUGCAGGCGAAGCAACGGUGGACGUUUUGGCUCACUUGUGGUACUUUUUCGCAAUUUCAGAGUGUCUGCUAUAG